GACACGCCCUACUGUAAGGCCCUGCUGCCCUAUUUGUAAAUAAACAAUUCGGCCACAUAAAUGAAUCUUAAAAAGGAACAAUGGGGGAUACAUUGGACUGCUGUGAUAAGAUAGGAAAUAAAUUGUCUGAACUUGGAAAAUGGCACGUUUGGCAAAACAUUCUCUUGGGACAGUUCGUCUCGUUGAUUUUGUGUGCCAUGAACACGCUGGCUCACUACAUAAAUUCAAAUCCAACCCGAGUACUACCAACCGGUCAAUCCUUUCCACACUACAUGUUUUUAUGUGCAAUUUACACAAGCUGGCUGGCCUUUCGUAGAGGUGACAAAGGUCUCAUAUCGAUAAUAAAAGUGAGAGGAUGGCGAUAUCUUCUGCUAUGUUUGAUAGAUGUGCAGGCCAAUACACUGCUCAGUACUGCGCAUCAAUACACUACCCUUACCAGUGUUCAGUUGCUUGGUUGUGUGGCCAUUCCAGUAGCUCUCGCUUUGAGUUGUCUGGUGUUAGGUGUGCGAUACAGAAUGGUACACAUUAUCGCGGUGUCUGUAUGUCUAAUGGGUGUAGGAUGUUUGGUAUGGGCAAACAUUGAUGAUACUCGACUUGACGGCAAAAUUCAACUAGUCGGAGAUAUGUUAUCUCUGGGAAGUGCAAUACUAUUUGCUAUAGUGACUGUAUUGCAGGAAUUGUCAGUAAAAAGUACAGACAUUGUAGAAUAUUUAGGAUUGUUAGGACUUUUUGGAAGCAUCGUUAGUGGUAUACAAAUGUUGCUGCUGGAGAAGCAAACAUUGAUAUCUUCCACCUGGAGUAAUUCCAGUGCCCUUUUGUCUUCAUUCUCAGCAUGUCAAUUCAUGUUUUGUACUUUCUCCUCCUUGUUUCUAUUGAACAUGGGCACGACGGCUUUGCAUCUGUCUUUGUUGUCUGGGAAUUUUUAUACCUUAAUUAUAGGAAUCGUGCUAUUUAAGUAUAAGUUUCAUGCCUUAUAUUUCCUGUCAUAUACGUUAUCAAUGACAGGUGUUUACAUCUACGCGAUCAAGCAGACUCCAGUUGCUGCUAGAAAUAUGAACUCCAACGGGGAAGCUACUAAUUCAGGAAGGUCGGAGUGUCAACUGCCCGAACACAUGAUAACGGACAGUCCGCGUCACCAUGUCAACAACGAGAUCCUGUCUGCAUUUGGAACUUUGAACAGCAAUGACACUUUUCCGCUGAGUCAUAGUACAAAUACGACAUUCACAUCUUUCUACGGAAGUCACGAUGUUAUUAACACCCAAACGACUAGCACCUAGGAAUGUGAUUUUUAAGGCUUAGAUGUCUCUACAUAAGAUACAAACAUGCCAGAAAUGCGUAAAUCAAAUAAUUAUGGUCGUGAAAUAAGUGGAUGCCUUCAGUCUUCAUUUUACAAAAUUGCAUUCAUUUGAAAUAAUGUUAUAGCAGAUCUAUUAAAUUUUUGUAUCCUCAUCACAUAUCAAUGAUGUUCAUGUUUGUAUAUAAUUUGUAAGUUCUUCAUAAAAAUAUUUCUCUUUCGAGAAAUGCAAACGCACAUAACAUAACAGUGAUUUGUGGGAUAUAACGAUUAACCCCUUAUUGCAUGAUUUUUUUAUUUUCAAUGGAAAAAAUAUAUGAGGUAGAUCAGUCUGCACAAGUUAGAUGAAAAAUAAUUAAAAAAAUAUUUAUUAAGUUUUUAUUGAAAAAUUUACAAAAAAGGGGUAUGUAUCAUAUAUGGGACUCUAUGCACUAACAACCAGUCUUAUGUAGUUACUCGGUGUGAAAUCUUAGGUAACAAUUUCUAUCUUUAUUUAGGCAGAGCGGUAGUUGACAUUUUACACAAUAAAUAUAUGAUUGGUAUUUGCAGUCUGGAUGUUUGCAUCGAUUUCUUUCAUUUUCUCUCCAUUCCGGCAAAUGAUCUAUUCCGUCCUUUCUUACUUCAAUUUGAGGAAUUUCAGCCGCAGGUCCACGUUUAGUCUUUUCCAAAUAAGCAUGUUCAAGAUUGGCGCUAGGUCGUCCACGUUUUCUACUCAAUACAGAUUUUCCACUGAUACAUAAAGCAUCCGCAAUAGCUACCUUAAAAUCUGCAAGUGGCAUAUAAAACUCGUUCUGCGUCCUCCAUAAAAGCCAACUAUUCACAACGCACAUAUCUAUAAAAUGAAAGAAAAUGCGGAGAUACCAUUUCUUGGAUCUAAUUUUGAUGCGAUAAUAACCAAGCAUAGAAUCCAAUAGGUCUACGCCUCCCAUGUAUUCAUUAUAUUUUAGGAUUGUUUGCGGACAUUGCACAUCUUUGUAGCAUUUCUCGCUUCUAAAAAACCUUUGCUUACUUCCAAUUGGUUGCGAGCCGACAUAAGAUGACAGAGUUGUGACAAUUUUGUUGUCAUACCAGCAAACAGUACUUAAUUUCACAUCAUCUUUGAUAGCAGUUUUUUCUUGCCAAGAUCCUCUUCCAAGUUUCUUGAAUUCCUUUUCCGAUAGCAUUUUACAACCUGGAAUUCGAUUCAAGCGCGCAGUACCAAGAGGAAGAAUGCCAUUUUUGCUCAAGUAAACCACAAGUGGGACACUGGUGAACCAAUUAUCGAAAAAUAUUUUAUGGUUCAUAUGCUUAGGGACUCUUUGGGCAAGUUUUAGCACCACAUUACUGCUUGUUCCUAAAUCAGGAACAUCAACAGGAACUACGUUGCUCUGAGAUCCAGCAAAAAUGUCGAAGCUGUAACUAAAGCCGGAGAUUCCACUCAAAACAAAUACUUUAUAGCCCCACUUGUGUGGCUUUUUCGGAUUGUAUUGUUUUAUUGUUGAUCUGGCUUUAGUUGGAAUAAUUUGUUCGUCUACCGCAACGUUCUCUUCAACUGGAAUUUUAUUUAGUCUUUCUUGUAAACUGUCUAGAAAAGGUCUUAUUUUGAAUAAUUUAUCAUGUCCAGGUGUACCACGAGGUAUGAAAUUAUCGUUAUUGUUGAAAUGAAUAAAUCUUUUGAUUUCUUCCCACCUGUUACAUGUCAUAACUGCUGAUACCUUAUGAUGACCUAAAUGUGGCGACCUAUAGUUUCUAGCUUGGGGUAGUUGUAUAAUAGACAUAUAUAAACAUAUGCCAAUAAACCGCUCUAAUUCAUCAUCUGUGAGGUUCAAAGGACGGUUUAUACGCUUUUGUGAGCAAUAUAAAUUUGAUUCGAUAGUUAUUGCUGAUAUGAUUUCCUUAGUCAAGAAGAACUUGAAGAAUUGUAAUGGCGUUUCUAAGUCAGUAACUUCUGGAGGCAUAUUCAUAUUGCCUGUAAAUUCUAGAUCCUUUGGAUCUUUCACGAGAUUUCCAGUUCUCCAGGCGCUUGGAUUCAUCUUCUCUGCAAUUUCGUGUAGAGUCAUAUUUUCACUAUCGUCAGAUUCUACAUCUGUUUCAGAAAUGACUGUCUCAUCAUAAUCUCCUUCAGGCUCACUGUUGUCGUCGCUGUCAAAUGCUAAUAUAUUAUCAUUAAUUAUUGGAUUAUUUGUGUCUUCAUCGUCUGACAAAUCGGGAUCAUCACUUUCAUUGUUUUCCGGUACAUUCGUAACAUAUUUACUGCUUCCAUAAAAUAUUUUUGGAUCCAUCUGGAAUCAAGAUGACUCUUAUCACUCGUUAUAAUCGCAUGAUGUCCCAUAUAUGAAUCAAAACAAUUUUUGUAUGUAACCUCUGCAAAAAUUGAAAUUAUUGCCUAAACUUAACUUGAAACGCACAAGUAACAAAUAAACUGUGGACAGCUAUUUUUUUCUAUCACCAAAACCUACGUUUCACCCAACAAAAAUGCUUCAUAAAAUCGGAGAUGUCGACUGUACCACGAAAAGUGCGAGUGUAAACUUGCAAACCGCUCCAAGGUCAUAUUUUUUGUCGGAGGAGCGUCGGCAUUAUUUUAACGUGGUUAUUCCUCGGUCCCAAAUAUGCGACACUAUGCAGUUAUUCGCUCUUUAAAUUCUAGAGCUUCAAAAAAAUAUUAAUAUUGGUAUGUAUCAUAUAUGACUCAGGAUGCAAUAAGGGGUUAACAUAUUUUAACUUCUAAGAAACUUAGAUAAACAAUUUUAGCAAUAUUAUCCACAUUUAAUGCUUAUCAUCUUGUUAUUCGCGAGGAGCGAGGUGCAUAGUAGGGGGAACUGAAUAUAUCGCCGCACAGGAGUAGGACCAUGAAGACUAGAGAUAAAAGGUUAAGCUCGUGUAGUGGAGGUCGAGUCAAAAAUUUCGACGAUGAAAUGCAUUGGUACACUGCGCAGCAAGUAAAUUUCAGGUACUGCUUCUCUCUGUGGUACACUGAGCUAUAAACCUGUUUGUUGCUGUCAUUAUAGCUGUAAACAACUCCAUGUUUGGCAGUUCGGUCGAAUUGCAUAAUAAUAAACCAAGUACAAGGGUGACAAACCAUGAGCGAAAUGCACAUAAAGAUUGGAGCAGGUUCUGUUGACAUUUUCCAAUGCGCCACACCAUCUUUGGCGACAAGGCCGGCUUUAUACAUAUGCAGUCAACCUCCUAUCUCUAGUCUUCGUGCGUAGGACAAAAAGGGACAAACCAAAAGAAAACUAUCAGUUUAAAACUCAAAUUGUUCCUAACUUCAAAUCGACUAAAUAUGUAUUAUUUCCAUUAAUAUCCACAAGCACAAAUAUUCCAGUCCUCUAAAUGACGCUAUCAUCGCGUACCCACCAAAUUCUGGUUGUUGAACUAUGAUCUGUGCGGCAAGGUAGUCUCGUCUGGUAGUCAAAGAAACUGUGUCGUCGUUGCUAUGGUCUUUUUCACGAGUAUCCAUCACGGUAGAAUGACAGCUGAUUAUUUAGUGUUAUCUCAAAAUUCUCCAUAUCGCCAAAUGACUCAAAAUUCUGAUAGAUAGCAGUGUAUUGUUUUGGUUUGUUGUACGCUACAGAUUCAUUUUGUAGUUGCUAACAACUCUUUGAUUUAGAAAAGUUCAUGUGCAUGCAAAAGAAAGAAGCUACAAGCAAGUUUUACUAGUUUUGCAACCGAUUCAUUAUUGCCAACGGUGACAGAAUAAUGAUAAAAGUCACUUGUUGAUCAGCAGCUCACCUCAGUAAUCGUCAAAACGUGAUGGAUUCUCGUGAAAUAUGGUAUAGGUUCUCCUCCUCAGUUGUCGAAGAUUUGAUCCUGUGAGGUAUUUCUGUCUUCAUACAGUUAAAAAACACACUUUUCGCGGGUGGUGACGGCAUCUGGUCCAUGUGUCGUAUCAAUUUCACCAACAUAAGACCUACUGUAUAUAUUGCGCACAUGCAAAGAAUCUUAUUUACCAUUAUUGGGCUAUUUAUUAUUCAAAUGCCUUAACUUUUGGCAUUGUCUAUUGCAACGAUACUAGAGAGAGGCUGGUUUUUUACAACCGACUUAUAGCUGCUUAGGUUUGUAAUGCACAUGUAACUGCUAAUAUUAAUUUGUAGAUGAUGAUGAUUUUACAUCUGACUUGUGAAGUAGCAGGUUGAAGGAUUCUAAAUUGGAAUUAAGUGUUGUUACAGUUAUUUCUGGCAAAUAGUAUCGUAUGUAUGAGAUCGCUCGAAGAAAACGGAAUCAAAACAUACUGAAAGGUUCUUCAACGUUUAUCAUGUUUCAGUUUAACGAAUAAUCAUUUUUUGAUCCUGCAUUGAGACAUCUUCUCGAUCCUAAAAAGUAGUUCACCAAAACCAGAAAUCAUUUUAUAUCUCAAAAAUAGGUAAAUAUCAUUCAGAAAAAUGAAUGUAUUAAUAGUAGGACAAUAAUAUAGAUUUCUCGGUUGGUAGAGGUCUGUGGCUGUUGAUGGUUUUUGUGUAAAUACUUUUGGGAUUGCAACUGGGAAUUGAAAAAUGUAGCAAACCAGAUAAAUUGCAGUGAAGACCACUGCUGAUACUUUUUCUUUUAUCGUCAGUUUAAUACUGUAGCAAAUUCGUAGCAUUUCAAGUUUUAAGAUCUACAAAGUAUAACGUGAUUUUUGACCAAGCGUAGCCGUAGAUUACCUUUGCACCAACAAUGAAUAUUCCUAGAAGACUGUCACGCACAGCUAACGUAUUUAUCGACUAUAUUAUUGACAAAUUGACAUAUUUUCUAUUAAUGGACGGAAUUAAUAUACUUUUCCGAUAAGUAACGUUAUACUUUAUUACAUUUUAUAUGUUUCUAAUGUGACUCUUUCAUAUUAUACAAAAGACUGGCAAUAUCUUUUCUACAUUUUGUAUCUUCUUUUAUAAAAAGUGAAGAUAUAGAUAAACAGGUG